AUGCGCCACAGCUCGCAACAUGACCGCCAUGGUUUAACUCAAGCGCCGCCCCAGCGUGGGCACCACACUCUUGAGUUGAACCCCGAACACCACUCCUUCUCUCGCGUUGGCAGCAUCGAUGGCCGGCGCGACAGUGGCCGCGCACUCUACGUGCCGCCCCACCAACGGCGCAACCGGCAGCAGCAGCAACGAGGGCCAACACCACGACCGCUGCCGCUCGACCGCGACAACUGGGGGGCGACCAACCGCCAGUUCCACGCCGCGGCCGGCCAGUGGCCCGACCUGCCCGUCGAGGUGGUCGAUGCCGACACCACGCAGCCGGUUCCCAGCCCGAGCCCCGUGGCCUCGUUCGCCGAGGGCGGGCUGGACCCGCUGGUUCUCCGCAACCUCCUGCGACAAGACGAGCCCGCUGGCGCCGCGGACAGGCCACCCACGCUGCUGGAGCGGCACGCCAUGCCCAUCGUCCGGGCCGGCCACGACCUCUUGGUCAUCGCGCCCACCCACGAAUCGACCACCCUCGUCGCCUUCCUUGCGCCGCUCAUCUCCGCACUCCACCACCGCGGUGGCCGACCCGCCACCACUCAUCAGCAGCUGCAGGCUGUGAUCGUGGCGCCGUGGGUCGGGCUGGCGCAGCAGAUCCUGGACGAGGUGCGCAGGCUGACCCUCGGCGGCCCGCUACGCUCCUGCCUGCUGGGCUGUGGCGGUGCCGGUGAUGUCGAUGACGUCGACGUCCUGGUGAGCUUGCCCGAGAAGCUGGCCGACAGCGUCCACCGGCGCCACGUAUCGCUCGACAGCCUCCGCUUCGUCGUGCUCUACGAGCUCGAUCGUCUCCUCGAGGCAGACUUAGGUCGACAGCUCGACUACAUCAUCACCGCCGGUGGUGCCGGCGCCGAUGGUGAUGAGAAUGUUGAGAAUGUCACCAGCCAGACGCUGCUGUUCUCGGCCACGCUGCCCGCUGGCGUGAAGCGGUUCGCGUCGCAGGAGCUCAGGGACUCGAGGCGGCUGACCCUCGUCGUCGGCCGCUAUCGGCCCUCGCCGCAGGCCGCCGUCACCCAGACGCUGCUGCGCGUCGACGACGAGCGCGGCAAGCCCGAGGCCCUGGUCCAGCUCCUCCUGCGUAAGAAUGCCGAGAAUGCCGAGAAUGACGGCUCGGCCACCUCGGGCACCAGGACCAAGCGUCUGACGGCGAUCUUUGUGCAGACCAAGCGCGGGGUGGACCAGCUCGCCGCAUUCCUCGCGCGCCAGCCCGAGCUUGCUGCGCUCGGCAUGGCAGUGGUCGCGAUCCACGGCGACACGCCCAGCGCGAGCGCGAGCGCGGCGCCGGUGCUGGUCGCCACCGCGGUGUCGGUCCGCGGCACGAUCGGGCCCGACGACGCCAGGCAGCUGCACGUGGUCGAGUACGACAUGCCGACCCACAUCGACGAGUACGUGUAUCAUGUGGGCUACGCCCGCCUGGGUGCAUCGGGAGGCACUACGACGGUCUUCGUGUCUCCCAGGCGCGAUGCCGGUGUGCUGCCCGACUUGGUUGAGCUUCUACGCGAGAACCAGCAGGAGGUCCCCGAAUGGCUGCCAGCCGUCGCCACCAACCAGACGCUGCUGCGCGUGGACGACGAGAGCGACAAGCCCCAGGCCGUCAUGAGCCUCCUGCGCGAGCACCACCGCGGCUACACCAGCGAGAACAACCACUGCCCCAACAGCACCGGCGACGGUGUGAAGCGCCUGACGGCGAUCUUCAUCCGGUCCAAGCGUGCGGUGGACCAGUUCGCCGCGUACCUCGCGGGCCAGCCCGGCACGCCGGGUCCGGUGGUGGUCGUCCACGGCGACUUGUCGAUGCACGAGCGCGCAGCCGCCAUGGCGUCGUUCCUGUCGGGCGCGGCGCCUGUGCUGGUCGCCACGGCGGUGACGGUGCGGGAGUGGAUGUACCGCGAUGACAGCCGGCAGCUGCACAUGAUCGAGUACGACAUGCCGCCCAGCAUAGACACGUACGACAUGCCGCCGCACGUGGUGGGCUACGCCGGCCUGGGGGUGUACGGGCACACCACUGUGUUGGUGACGCCCAAACGCGACGCCGCCGUGCUGCCCGACCUGGUUGAGCUCCUGCGCGAAGCGCGGCAGGAGGUACCCGAGUGGUUGGAACGCCUGGUCGACACUCCCGCCAAGUGA